GCGCCCCAGCCGUGGCGCUGCCCGCGGGGGGGUGCCGGCUGUAAGCGGGGUGUGCUCCCGCCUCCGCCGAGGGUCCCGCCUCCGGGAGCUCCGAGUGCGGUCUGGAAAACCUGCCUCAUCCGAGGCGGCCGCAGCCGAAAGCGGCAGAGCAGGAACCUGCCUGCCUGGGAGCGGGAAGCGGGUACCAUGGCAGAGGCUUCGGGGAGUCCUCUGCCCGAACCCAUAGCGAGGAGGAAAAAAAGCAUAACCAUUGAGGAGAAAAUGGACAUCAUAAGUGCUGUGGAGAGUGGCAAGAAAAAGGCAGACAUCGCAGCCAAGUAUGGCAUAAAGAAGAAUUCCUUGUCUUCGAUUAUAAAGAAUAAAGAAAAACUUUUGGAAGCCUUUGAAUCCUUGCGAUUUGACCCUAAAAGAAAAAGACUAAGGACUGCUUUUUAUACCGACCUGGAGGAGGCACUCAUGAAGUGGUACAGCAUUGCUCAGUGCUUGAAUGUGCCGGUAAACGGUCCGAUGUUGCGCCUCAAGGCUAAUGAUUUUGCCCAGAAGCUUGGGCAUAGUGAUUUUAAAUGCAGUAAUGGCUGGCUCGAUCGUUUCAAGUCAAGGCACGGUUUAGUUUUCAGAGCUCAGCCUGUAGAAGCAGCUGUUGCUACUGCAGUGGAUGCUCCGGCUCUUUGGUACCAAAAUGUUCUUCCUUGUUAUUUAAAUGAUUAUCAGCCAAAAAACGUGUUUUAUAUACAGGAGACUGGAUUGUUGUAUCAGAUGUUACCACAUAACACAUUUGCAUUUAAAGGGGAAACUUGUUCUGUAGGUAAACUCAGCAAAGAGAAAAUAACCCUAGUGGCAGGUGCAAAUAUGGAUGGCUCCGAGAAACUUCCUUUGCUUGUUAUAGGAAAAAACAAAAGUCCACGCUCUUUCAAAGAUGUGAAGUCGCUACCUGUGGAUUAUGAAGCAAAUGAUAUGGCGUGGAUGUCUUCAGAAGUGUUUGAACAGUGGAUGCAUAAACUUGAUGACAGAUUUCAAGCACAGCAGCGACGCGUAGUUAUUCUUGUUGAUUCUCUCCCAGCUCACACUGAAGUAAAGAACCUGAAGUCUGUCAAAUUAGUGUUCUCUCCUCCAGACUCUUCUUCAUAUAUAGCUAUGAAACAAGGGGUUAUCAGAAGUCUGAAGGUUAAAUACAGGCAUUGUCUUAUCAAGAGAUUUGUUGACUGCGUAGAAGGUAAUAAAGACUUUAUGCUGACUCUUCUCGAUGCAAUUGAGAUGUUGUACCUGUGCUGGAGGAAAGUAACACCAGAGACUAUUGUAAAAAGUUAUAAUGAAGCAGGCUUCAACUUAGAAACCAAGACAAAUGGUAACGAUACAGAGAUUGAAAGUGAUUUUGAUUUGAUUGCACGUGCACAGGCAGCUGGAGUGGAGUUUCCAGAAGGCUUAUCUUUGGAGGAAUGUGCAGCUCUAGAUGAUGACUUGUUAACUUAUGAAAUGCACACAAAUAAUGAAAGGAUGUGUGCCAAAGAAAGUGCAUCAGAUAAAGCUGAGACAUUUGUUGGUGAUGAGGAGGAAGGUGAUCGAUUUCAGGGAGCUGAACAGCCUUUGCCAUCAAAAAAUGAGGCUUUGACUGCUUUAGAUACCCUUCGAAAGUUUCUCAGAAGUCAAGACAUGAAUGAUUCUCUUCACGAUUCCCUAGCUGACCUGGAGAAUUUUAUUCAACAUGUAGCAUAUAAAUAAAUAUUUUAGCAAAGUGUAAAAAUACGUAAUUAAAAAAAAAAAAGUAAUUAUGUAAGUAAACAACAAUAUGGAGUUUAAUAACAAGUGUUGCUGCAGUGUUCUCUAGUGUGUCUUGCUCAGGUGCCUAGAUUUACAUAAUGGAAGAAAUUUGAAAUUAUGAAAAAAGGCUGUGAACUGACGUCCUCCACAAAAUCAGGAGGAAAAAACAUAAAAUUUGGGGUAGAGAGAGGAAGUAAGUACGGUUGAGGCAAAAGCAAUUCUUUAAUCAGUUCCAUGCACUCAAGAUGAACUGGUGCUCACUUGGAAUUCUUUCUUCAGGCAGAAAUUAGCACUUCUUUACAUUGAUAAUUUCACUGGUGUCUGUGGUAUUGUUGACAGUGGAACAGUAUAUAUCAGCUUCAUGUUUUUGAUACUUAAACAAAAAAUUGAGUAACACCAAAAAUACAUGCCUAAGUUCUGAGAACUAAGGGGUUUUUUAAAUAAUUUUUUUUGCCCUCAUUCAAGAAUUAUGGCCAUAGUUUAUUCUUGCAGCAGAUGAUGAACUGCAGAAAGUGGCUUUGGAUAUGUUUUUUUCUUAAAGCUGCUCAUGUAUGGAUACACAAACGGCAUAAUCAUUUAUCUGAGAGUCAAAAGACAAAUAAACCUUUACUUGGUCUUUGAAGAGGUCAGAAAGAAAGAUCCUUCACUCCCUUUCAGCCUUUUUGGUAUUUGGAUUUGAUGUAGGUCCUUCUGUGCAACUCCAUGUAUUUCUACAGUAAAUACAGAAAAAGAAAAAAAAAAGGUUUAAGCAGUAUCUGCACUCAAAACCUUACUGGUUUAAAAUAAAUAAAACUUGUUUUAUUUACUGUACUUGAAGGCUUUGCUGUAGGAUUUAAUGCACCCAUGUGGUUUAUUAUUAUAAGUGCCAUUAACAGGAGUGCUGUUUGUAGGAAUGCAGUGUGAAGUUGAGUAAAUCACAGUACAUUUUCACGUCUUCAAGUAAACAUUUCAAGCAGGGUAAUCAUACUAGAGUCAAAAAAUCUCAGUUUAUGUGAGACAUACUGCUUGUGACUUUUUUCAAAACCUGUUUUAAAUGUUUCCCAUAUCUAUUAAUUUUAUUUUUUUCAGAAGUUAGAGAUAAUAAUUUUUCUAAUUUGGAGGAAGAAGAAAAUAUUUUAUGGAGGCCCUUUAGGAAACCUGUGUAAUAAAGAAUCUAUUAUGGUGCCUUUAACCAUGAGAAACAAUCUCUUGCCUAUUUGAAUCUUCAGUUUUCAAUAAACAGUUUGGCUAAAGCUUUGCUUACUGUUCUUUCUGGUGGAGGACAGUUUAUCCAUUUGUAAAAGCACUUCAGAAAAUGUAUCAAAUUGUUGGAAG